AUGCAUUUGGAUCCUACCUACUUUUCUGUUUACCAGUUGGCAUAUGCAGUGCAUUACACAUUGACUAAGAGGAAAAUGUUGUGUUCAUCAUUAAACAUUGCCCAGUCAGAGCUGGAUAUAUACCUCAGUAAUCAACAGAGUGAGACUAGCAAGUUAAAGGAAAUGCAAAAAAAUCUCCACAAGGCUGAAAGUACACUCAAGGACAGAAAAAGGAGCACACUGCCUGACGAUGUAAAAACAACAGUCAUUGAGGACCUUAGUCGAGUAAUCAGUAAUGAAUUGGGUCUCCGAGAGCAAUUGGAGGUCAUACGAAUUAUAAACCCAACAGCACAUGUAUCACCAACAGACAAGGAGUUCGUUAUAGAUAUAUACUCCAUAGAUGAUGAAAAGUUACAGAAAAUUCAGGACUACAUAGCUGGACAUGCACAGAGCCCUAGUAUACCAAACGAAGGCAAUUCUAACAUCUCACCAAAGAAACACAGUAAACAAAGCAAUAAGAAACAGGUUACACAGGAAAAGAAAGCAAGACAGAAAUUUUACAAGCAACGACAGCGGAAAGAGUACCGCCAGAUGUUGAAAGAGAAACGUAGUGGUCUGUUUGCCAGAGAAGAAGUUCUGUCAGUGUCGGAGAUAGAGCCGGGGGAUGGAGAGGGAGAUAUAGACAUUCUAGGAUAGCAGACCCUAUAUAUCACAGACAGAACCAGGGUAGGGGAGGAUAAGGACAUAGUAACAUACCCUAUAUCCUCCAAUCCUAAGACUGCCAUUAUCUUGUGACAUAGUGUUCAUUUUGAGGAGAAUCCUUUCUUUCAGUGACUGAUAGCAGUGCUAUUUUUUCUGAGAUGAUAAAAGUUACAUGUACAUGUACUAGUGUCAGCAUUAUGUUAAGUCUACUGAGUCAUAGGUUUUAUAUUCUGAUUUUAAAAUUUCUUGGAAAAUGUUUGUCUAGCAUCCUUCUUGAUCAAGUUGAUAUUUGAUUGUAAUAUAAAAUGGUUGUUUUAUACUGCUAGGAAAACUGUCUCAUUGUAUUUAUUUAAGGUCAUGAAAGUGCUCUAUGAUGUACUCAAAGUACUUGACUUGAUGAUAACUAAAUGGGAAAGUGCACUUUAACGGGGUACAUAAAGUUUAAUAAAACUGAUAUUGAUAUUUAUUUUGUAUUUAGCAUACAAGGGAAAUAAUUUUUUUACUGAACUCAAAUGAUCAGCUAGAUUUGAUCAGUAGUACAUACCUGUGUACCAUAUAAAAAGAAGUGUACAGAACUACAUUCUCAGAGGUUGUUUAAUGAAUAAUUUUGGAAAGAAGGUUCUUUUAUAAAAUGUAUUACUGGUCCUUCAUUUCAAAUAUUUAAUUAUCAGAAAUUAUGAAUUUGUUGUAAUUGAAAUGAUAAUUAAAUAUAUUUAA